AUCGAGUCACCCUUUGUUCACGCCAAGAUGAAUAAGAUGUUUAUAGUUAAUCUUGGAGUCCUCCUGCUGGCUGUUUAUCUCAUGUCAUCACAGGUGGUCAAGGGCGCGGACACUAUAACCGCUGCGCCUACAACCACUACAACCACUGCACCUACAACCACUACAACCGCUGCACCUACAACCACUACAACCGCUGCGCCUACAACCACUACAACCACUGCACCUACAACCACUACAACCGCUGCACCUACAACCACUACAACCGCUGCGCCUACAACCACUACAACCACUGCACCUACAACCACUACAACCGCCAAGCCUACAACCAAUAACGGCUGCGGAGGGAGGAACAACAACGGCUCCACCCUGCUGCUUCCGUUGGCACUUGCAGUCUGUGUCCUCUACGGCUGGUCUUAAAGACCGGACUGAUGGCUCUUCACCUUUGGCACACACCGCCAAAACGGCUGGACUGGGGACACAUGUUUUUUUGAAUCACUUCUCUUCCAAAACACAUUUUCUGUAAUUUUCGCUCGUUCAUUAAGUGCUGUGUUCAGACCUUGUAGCUAUGCACCAACCGGGGACACUCCCUGCUGUGUUUAUAUAGCUGGCUUGCCCACUAUGCAAAGGUAUGUGCUCCUUGAUGCAGGCAAAGUGAUUUUUAAAAAGCUUAAAAAAGUUUGUAUUCUGGAAAUGGCCUAUGUGACGUAGGCUAAAUAUGACUAGUGCUUUUGGAACUUAAAUGUGUAAUAAAAUUUGACUUUUAAUGGA